ACACGGGAAAAUGGGCGUGGCACGGGAGGACUUCGACCUAUGAGAAAUUCGACAUUUAAAUUUAUAUGCGAAUAAUACAUAAUUAAUUCUAUUUUCAAACCCAAACACGCACGUCUAUCGUUUUGUCCGAUUGAGUUUCGAUAAAACGGGUCAAAGUCUUAAAAACAGCCGUCGGUUUUACCGAGAUAUCCAGAAACAAACGGAAUACGCGUUGAAUCUCGAUGUAGAGGGACUUUAAUAGCUUUAGCUUUAGCCUGUUAGCUUGGAGUGCAUGUUUGUGUUUAUAUUAUCAACAAUAACACACUCUCAUCCACAUCGACCAAAUGAAUAAGCCGAUUAUUGACAGGAUCGACGACUGUUGAAAGGGAAGAAGAAGUGAAGGAAGCUGCUGGAUCCUCGGGAUGUAACGUUAACGUCAGUGUUUGUUUAACGUUAGACAGGAACACUCAGGGAACAUUGCACGAGGGAAAGAAAGGCCGUGAUGGAGAAGACUGAGAAAAGGCCUGGAUACUUCGCCAGGCUGAAGAAGAAGCGGCAACCGAAGGAGAGCCAAUCAGAGAAGGCAGAUGCUGAGCAAAGCCAAUCAGAUUUGGAAUCCAAGACGCCAGUCAUAGAUGACAACAGUACAUCCUGCAGCCAGACCAAGAAAGAGAGAAGUAAACCUCCAGGAACCGUGGAGUUCACCGUCGGACCGAAGGACACUCUGAACAGCAUCGCUCUGAAGUUCAACAUCACUCCCAAUAAACUGGUGCAGCUGAACCGUCUCUUCUCUCACAGCGUCGUACCUGGACAGAAACUGUUCGUCCCUGAUGUGGACCAAUCAGAGCGGUCCUCUGAGCAUCUGACAGCGGCCGAGUCGACAGAGAAGGAGCUGAAGGACAGUGAAUCGAGCCGCAGAUCUGGACGGUUCGUGCGGAGAGACACGUCUCCUCUCUCUGAAGACGAGAGUCCGGCCACCGUCAAGUUCCUCAAGAUGAGCUGCAAGUUCUUCACCGACGGCAUGGGAGUCGUGGGAGGAGUGAUGAUUAUAACACCCAACAACAUCAUGUUUGACCCGCACAAAUCUGACCCGCUGGUGAUCGAGAACGGCUGUGAGGAGUACGGUCUCAUCUGUCCCAUGGAGGAGGUGCUGUCCGUGGCUCUGUAUGACGACGUGUCCCGGAUGAAGCUCAAGGACGCGCUGCCGUCUGAUGAACCCCAGGAUCUCUGUCCGUUAUAUAGGCCGGGCGAGUGGGAGGAGCUUCCCUCCGAACGAGAUCUGAACCCCUUUAGUCGUUACGAAGCUCUCGGUGCGCCCAACCAACCAAUCGUGUUAGACGAUAUCGAAACGGCCGUCUCUGAGAUAUCAGAGUGCCAGAUCGCUGACAAAUCGCCAUCGGACGAAGGUUUCACCGAACUAGAGCUACUACAGAGCGAGUCUAGCACCACCUGCUCCUGCCUGGAGGGGGCGCCACUACAGGAGCAAAGAAAGACCAAAACAGACAAAGCCGAGACGUCUUAUCGCGUUGAGGAAGACGAGGAUGAAGGCCUUCACAACCGUUCCACAGAUGACACCGCAGAGCUGCUACACUCUAAACCCACGGCACUGAUGCAUGAUGGGAAGGAUGCUACCACAGAAGUGAAUGAAGAAACCAAAACUAGAGGUGAAACAUUAGUGAAUGGAGUCUCGGCAAUUGAGGCGACCACACGCGACCAAAAAGCAAAGGCGACCCUAGAGGACUCUGGGAAAUGUAGUGGGUCGCCAGGACCAAAUCUUGAAGAUAAUAAGGGACCAAACUCAGACGCAACGCUUUCUGAAGCGGAGCUACGCAGACGUGCCAAUGAGGCCGAGAUGAAGUCAUGGCUGCUAAAAAGAAUGCAGAGACCAAUCGAAGAUAUGCUGCUGUCCAACGAAGAAAAGAGCAAAGCUCCGCCCAUGUUCCUCUGCUUUAAGGUGGGGAAGCCAAUGAGGAAGUCCUUCGCCGCUGGUCGGACAUCUAGCCCCGCCCACUCGUACGUUGGCAGGGGGCGGCAACCAGAAUAUUGGUUUGCUGUGCCUCAAGAAAGAGUGGACCACCUGUACUCGUUCUUCAUUCAGUGGUCUCCUGACACUUAUGGGAAAGAUGCUCAAGAGCAGGGCUUCGUGGUCGUGGAGAAAGACGAGCUCACCAUGAUCGACAACUUCUUCAGCGACCCGAUUCCUCGCAGCUGGGAGAUCAUCACGACUAAUGAGGCCAAGAGACGCCAGAGCUUCAGCUUCGAGGACGAGGAACCUCUAGAUCUUCUUCCUGUGCUGAUGGACCCCAGCGCUCUUCUGGAAGACACGCACAUUGAGAAGUUGUCCACUCGUUUGCCGGCCCGUGUUCAGGGCUAUCCGUGGCAUCUGGUCUACAGUACAGUGGUACACGGAACCAGCCUGAAAACCCUGUACAGGAACCUGAUGGAUGUGGACUGCCCCGUGCUGAUGGUCAUCAAAGACAUGGACAACCAGAUUUUUGGAGCGUUUUCCACUCACCCUUUCCGACUGAGUGAGCACUAUUAUGGGACAGGAGAGACCUUCCUCUACAGCUUCUGCCCAGAGAUCAAGGUUUACCGCUGGAUGGGUGAAAACUCAUACUUUGUGAAAGGAAACACGGAUUCCCUUCAGAUCGGAGGAGGAGGGGGUCAUCUGGGCCUGUGGCUGGAUGCUGACCUUUACCAUGGCACCACGUCCAAAUGCUCCACCUUCAACAACCUGCCACUAUCCUCAAAACAGGACUUCACCAUCCAAAACCUGGAGGUGUGGUCCUUCGAAUGAGCGCCUGCGCCGUACGCAAACAUCCACACGCUACUGAACCCACGCCACGCUCACGGCAUGAUGACUUGAUGUCUACUUGACGCUUUAUCCCGAAAUGUACAAGUUUUUACGUGGUUUCUCCUGGUCUGAGCACAGAGAGAGAAGUUUUGGCAGCGAUGCCGCCCACAGCUAUCCCAGCAUGCAAUAUGUACUCCUGCUGAAAUAUAACCAAUAUAUAAACACAUAUACAUGAAUGUGAAUGACGAGGACUGUGUACGAUAUUCGGGAAGCGGUCAAUGCCGAAAAUAUAUUUGGAGGCCAAAUCUGUCGCUUUGAGGGCCGUCUCUCAAAUCGUUAUUUUUGUUUACAUCGUGGCGUUUAGUUGGUGUGUUUUCACAUUUGUAUUUCCACAAUGCCAAUAUGUCCACUAAUUGGUUUUGUUGACCAAAGCAUUUUAUUUGCCGUUUUUAUUUUUCGUUUUUUUCUUCUAUUUGAGUGUAUUUUUUAUAUAGAUGUAUGUUGGAGGUGACAUAUAGUCAUAUUCCUAAGUGACGAUUGUUUUGCUGUUUUGUGAUAUUUUAGGGACCUUUUCAUGUUCGUUUGAAAGGGAAGCACUUGAAAUUAUGCCAGUAUUACUCGUGAACACUAUGGUAAUCGCACGCCUGAUUUCAUUAACCGAGUCGCAUCAGUUUCUCGCAAAUCAGGUUCACCACUUCACUGUGGGUUUGUGUAUACAAUCACUGACUGAUGUCACUUCCUGUUAUGCGGUAGCACGAUUAUAACAUGAUUUAAGCGUGAACAGAUGCACAGUGCAAAGUCUGUUCUUGAGGUUGAUGGUGCCCCUCUUUGGAAACGUCCACUCAUUUCACUACUAGACAGCAUCUGUGGGCAUUAACUAACCGCAUUCAUGGUCCAUUAGUGAAAAAAAAAAAAAGUUUACAAGUGUUUCAAAGUGUCUCUUAUUGCAAACACUGUCCAGUUGUGUAUGGUAUCCAGUGAAUGUCAUAUUUAUUGUGUAAUUCUGUGUUUGAAAGUGAACCAAAUAAAUGCAAUAAAUGAAAAAU